GCUCCAUCAAGAACCCUAGAAAAUAUUUUAGGGUUUAUGGAACGCAUUGCAGAGCAGCCCCUGUUCGGAGGCGCGAUCAGCUGCUCACUGCCCACGAGAUUCCAGACCGUGAGCAACAUCAGGGAGGUUCCAGAUAAUCAGGAGGUUUUUGCGGAUGCAUCACGCGACGAGAGCGUGAUUGUGGAGCUUCUGGAGCUCAAGCCAGAGAUUCCGGAUGAGCAAAGCGCGUCAUGGUUCUUGCAAGAUCUUGCGAGCGAACAGGACGCUCUUAUGGAAAUGGAAAGCGUGAGCCAGCUCCAGCCAGGAGAUGUUCCUUUCCUCGAUCCAUCGAUUGUCAAAGGCGUCGCGGUUGGAAAACUGAAAGUCUCCAAAUCCAGGCAAAGUGCCGACGCUGCUAACAUCGUGAGAAUUUAUAUGGCGAAUCUGAGGCUGCGGAGCGUGAAAACUGAUGUUCUAAUCUCCGUCUACGAGCCACUUUACAUAAGUGCUCUUAGCGAAAGCGCUGCAUCGGGUGGAUCGGGAUUCGCAGUUCCAGCGGCUGUGGCUGGCUGUUCUUCCGCGCUGGAAGUCUUCCAGACGAUCCUUAGAACACUCAAAGUUCACGACUGGGCACUCUUCGUAAACUAAAAAUUCGAUCGAUCUUUGGCAGUGAUUUCGAGCGACACAAUGGUGGCAAUAGAGCGAGAUUCGAUCAAUCUCUUCCAAAGUUUUCGAGCGAGACAAUCGUAGCAAUACACUUCGUCGCGAAGAAACACGAUUUUUACCA